CGCGGCGGGGCGUCAGACUUGGUGGGACGGGGAGGGGUCCUGCCCGAGACCCGGUGCUGCUGUAAGAGCAGCAGGAAAUGACGUCGGGCAGGCAGAGGUCCUACCGCCUGGGCCUCUCCGACCCCGCCCGGGGUUGCUGUGGCAACAGGGAGGGGGCGCGGCGGUUGCUGGCUUGUGAUGUCAUCGUCUUACGUCAGCGGCUGCUGUUGGUUGUGACGCCAUGCUGAAGGUGCCAUGUGCGGUUGCAGAAGGCGACUUGUGGGGCGGCUCAGGUGCAGCUGCUCUCCCCGCAGAACGUCAAAGGCCCGAGGGGGCAGGAGGGAUGCCCCACAGAGGGCCCACUGUUCUGCCAACCAAAUAUCCCGGUGCCUAAGAAGGUUGGGUGCCUCCGGGCACGUGCAGGGCCUUUCCACCGCCUCUACCUCCAACAACCACCCCAAGAAAGAAGUCUUUCUUUGAGAAGGGGACAUGGCCAAUGUUCUCCUGAGCGUGUGCAAAGUGCCUUUCUUUUGUGAACGGAAUGCUUCCUUGGCUACCUGUCUGGGCGCUGUCCAGGCUCCAUGAAGGAUGGAAUCAAACCCUGUAAGGAAUAAAGUUCCAGCUUUCUUAUCAGACUUGGGGAAAGCGACCCUGAGAGGCAUCAGGAAGUGCCCCCGAUGUGGCACUUACAACGGCACCCGUGGGCUGAGCUGCAAGAACAAGACUUGCGGAACUGUCUUCCGCUAUGGCACGCGGAAGCAGGCUGGCGUCGAUGCGGUCAAAAUCAUCACUGGCUCGGAUCUGCAAGUCUAUUCAGUGCGGCAGAGGGACAGAGGGCCAGAUUACCGUUGCUUUGUGGAACUGGGAGUUUCAGAGACCACCAUUCAGACAGUAGACGGGACUAUCAUCACACAACUCAGCUCCGGGCGCUGCUAUGUGCCGUCUUGUUUGAAGGCAGCCACGCAAGGGGUGGUAGAAAACCAGUGCCAGCACAUUAAGCUGGCAGUGAACUGCCAGAUGGAGGCCACCCCGUUAACCCUCAAAAGCUCUGUCUUGAACUCGAUGCAGGCCUCCCCUGAAACAAAGCAAACCAUCUGGCAGCUAGCCACAGAGCCCACGGGGCCUCUGGUUCAAAGGGUUACCAAGAACAUUCUGGUGGUGAAAUGCAAAGCUAGCCAGAAGCAUAGCUUGGGUUAUCUCCACAUCUCCUUUGCCCACAAGGCUGGCCACAAGAAUGGGGUGGAGCCCCGUUUCCUCUGCUCCUGCCAGUCCUUGAAAGCCAGCAGGGCCACCUCUGCCAAGGAAGAGAUGAGCCAGAAGUGCACCCACUUCUUUGCCUGCGUCUGCGCCUUUGCCAGCGACGAUGCUUUGGCACAGGAGUUUGCUGAUUUCCUCAGCUAUGAUGCCAGUGGCCUGAAGCCAGUGACAGGAGCCCAGCUUGUUUGCCAGCCUGAAUCUGCUUUGAGCUCUGGAGAGGCUGCUGCCUCCAAAGCAAAAAGGAGGAAAAAAGAUGAAGCCCUGGGCACACAAGGAAGUAGCCCCCUCCUGUCUCAAGAUCUAGCCAACACCAACCUGCGCAAAAGUGGACUGAAAAAGCCGUCGGUUGCUUCAGUUAAAAGGCAAGCUUGCAGUCAGCUGCUUGAUGAAUCACAGGUAACCUUGUCUUUCCAAGAGUGGUUGGCUAGUGUCACUGAGCGCAUCCAUCAAGCCAUGCAUUACCAGUUUGAUGGGAAACCGGAGCCACUGGUAUUUCACAUACCCCAGUCUUUCUUCGACACUCUCCAGCAGAGGAUUUCUGUUGGGAGCAUCAAGAAGCGGCUGCCGAAUUCGACCACAGCUUUUGUCAGGAAAGAUGCUUUACCCCUGGGUACCUUUUCCAAAUAUACAUGGCACAUCACAAAUAUCUUGCAAGUCAAACAAAUCUUUGACACUCUUGAGAUGCCUCUAGAAAUAACGCGCAGCUUUAUCCAGAACCAGGAUGGCACCUAUGAGCCCUUUACGUGCCCUAAAGUUGAGGUGGAGAGCAUACCAGAGACCUACGGGCGCCUGGAGAAGCAGCCGGUUCUCCGGCCUUUGGAGCUGAAAACUUUCUUGAAAGUUGGCAACACAUCUGCUGAUCAGAAGGAACCAACACCUUUCAUCAUUGAGUGGAUCCCAGAUAUUCUACCCCAGUCCAAAAUUGGUGAACUGAGGAUUAAGUUUGAAUAUGGCCACUAUAGGAAUGGUCACACUGCUGACUACCAAGAGCAACGCCCUUCCCUUGAACAGACGCUGGAGAUUAUGCCUCUCACUACCAUCACCUUUCCUUGAACUAGUAGUGCAUUUCUUGCACGGCUUGGUUUGCACAAAUCCCCCGUGACACCAAAGGCCGGCCUUUGCUUUUCUCAGUGAGCCAUUGGACUCGCCAGGAGCUGGAGCACACAGAGUCUUUGUGGGAAAAGAUGGCCCACUUUUUCUGUUUAGGCGGCUGUAAGAGUUAACUUGCGCCUCGUUCUUUUUAAACAGCAUUUUCCAUCGCUGCUCUGUACAAAAUCCAUGCAGGCGCUCUCUCUUUUCUACCUGGAGACUAAUCUGUGUUCUGACCUUCAAUUGCUGCUUUUCUGCCACCCCAUUUUGCACAGUUGACAAAUUUCUUGCAACUCACAGGUGGGAGAGGGGAAGAAGUCCCAGGCAUUAGGUUGCUUUGGUUAAUUCCCGUACUGGCAUAUUUUGCAAUAUAUUUUUAAAAUAAAUGAAACGGAACCAAUUCCAAUGUUUUCAGAUCAGUCUCUCAUGUAUAACACCAGUGAAGUUGGGUCUUGCCUUAUUCCCACAGUUCCUGCUUGAAUUCUGCCCUAGAACAUGCUUUAAAAAAUAAAAUUGCGGCUGGGGUUUUUGGGUCAUUGAACUGGUGUUCUGUAUCCAGUAAGUUAACUGUGCAAACUCUCUUUCCUACAAGGGAACUUGCUUUACACAAGAGAAAUGCACCCUCUGGUUUAUGUACCAAUGAGGGCAAAGGGAAGAAUAGCACUGCAUUUUUCAGCACUUGAAAAGAGAGAAAAAGACACCAGGCACAAGCCAGGCAAAGUACAGCACUUUAACUCCUACUAAUACCAUCAAAGAGAUUUCAGCACAUGCUCCAGUCUCCUAUCGAAAGCAAUCCAUGGCAUUUAAAAAAAAUUCAGUGCAGAACUACAACUUCCCAAGAGCAUACACAUGCUGCCAAAAACACCAGCCCUGGGGCAAGUUCCACAUACCUAGCCCUUCUCUCUUACAAAUUACAUACUGGAUCUGUUUUCCAUCACCAGUAAGAGAUGUAAAGCAGAUUGGUAGGAAAACAGAGGACAUGAUGACAUCCGGAGAUGGGCUAAAUUAAAUUAAACAUUACAGAGUGGAGAGGGAAGAACUUGACUAGGGGCUACUAUUUUUGCCAGCAGCCCCAGGAGCUGUUGUUUUGUAACAUGCAGUCCUUCUCUUGCUUUGUCUGGACUAUUCACUGUAAGCAAAAUAAAGUACUACUUAGCAACACUAGGAGGCAGUGUUGACCUCAGCAGGGACCAUGCUGGCUGCACAUCCAACACUCCAGGGUGUCUUUUUGAUAAAGGGUUGGGGAGCAGGAAAGGAUGCGGCUGUCCUUCCGCUUACCCAUUUCCUCCUCACAAAGAAUCACUGGUGUCAGGGCAGUACAGCAAAGAAGAUGCAACUUGAUUUUAAACAGGCAAACAAACUGCCCCAUUCACACUUAUUUAAAUGAAUUGAUGGCAACUCUGUUUCAGCUCAGAAUUGGUUGUUCUGUCUGCAUAAAUGAGUGAAGCCUGCUGCAUGUUUGAAAAGUAAUGGGAACUGUUCUGCUCAUAUAUCUUAACGCAUACGCUUCUGAUGGUUCACUGGAACAAAGCAGACUGAGGUGUUUGCUUUAAUGUCGGCCUUCAGGUGCCUGCUGCUUCGACCCAUAGAUGGGUCGGGGACUCACUCAUUUCUCCAUCAGCAUCAAGUUAAAUCUCUCAGCUCUAGAAAGAAUUCAAUACAGUAUUAAUUACAAAUCAGAAAU